AUGCCAGAGUUGGAUUUUGGAAACAUUUACAGCUCGAAUGGGAAGAUAAUACAACACAGAUAUGCACAGAAGGCCAUUGAUGCAGGAUCUACAAUGAUAGCAAUGAAAAAUUCAAAAGGCGCAGUCUUGUUAGUCAGCAAACCUAUUGUUUCACGUCUUCAUGCUAUUGAUAAUGACCACAGGAUAAAAAGAAUAGCAGCAAACGCCUACAUGUCAUACACAGGCCUGUUGACGGAUGGUGCUCUAAUUUGUAGCAUAUGUAAGGACGCAGUACGAGACUAUGUAUCUAGCUUCAAUUCAGAUAUCACAACAGAAUAUUUAAAAAGUAUCAUUUUUGAGUAUGUCUACAUGUUUACAUCAAGCAUAGGAAGCAGGGUGAUCGGAGCAUCGCUGUUCACAAUUGUCAAGGAUGAAGACGAGUAUUCUCUUCUUUUUACAGAUUGCACUGGCAAGGUCUCGAGAUGGAAUGCUUGUGCGGCUGGAAAAGGCGAGAGACGGGCCUUUACAGAGCUCGAGAAGCUGAGCUUGGAGGACAUGAGUAUUCGGGAGAUGGUAGACCAAGGAAUAAAGAUCCUGCACAAGUGCCAUGACUCGUUGACUGAACCCAAGUUCAGCGUUGAGGCCGGAUAUAUUGGAAUCGAAUCAAAUGGGGAGUUUGCUAGAAUUCCUGAGUCUGAGAUAUCGCAAAUAUGUGAGAAGUACCAAGAUUUGAGCAUUGAUGAUGAAUAUUAA